UCCGGGAAGCCUCUCAAUCAUUCAUUUUGGCAGCAGCAAGUGGAUACAGAGACACCAGGUUACAGGAAUUCUCCACUCCCUCUCACUCGCAUUAAGAAAGUCAUAAAGAGCGAUCCAGUCAUCAGUAAAACCUCACUGUUAUUUUCUGCUAUUAUCUCACUUUACCCGCCUUGGCGCCAGCGCUAA